AUGGUUGGUUUAACUAUGAUAUCUUUAUUCUUCCUCUUAGAACUUGAAAAACUCAGGCUGGCUUUGAAAGAGAAAGCUAACACAUUGGAGAAAAAAGACGAAGAAAUACAAAUCAUUAAAAAGUCAGUGCAUGAUUUAGAGAACACACUCCGCGAUAAAGAAUUGGCCACCGCGGAAUCCUGUGAAACCUACGUAAAGAAAUUGAAAGCAAAGACGUCAGAACUCGAAACCCUGACUGAAAAGCUGGAUGAAUCUGCACGAAAUCUAAAGCAGAAAGGCAAAGACUUUGAUUCGCAUUUGGAAGAAGACGAUGAAAGGAUGCAAGAAAGUAAAACUGUGAACCUACUAACAUUGAAAAAUGAAGGUAAUCCAUCUGUCACUAGUUGA